GACUCCAAAACGCCGCCAUCGCGCUUCAGGUUCACUAAACGGCGUCGUUCAAGUCGGUUCCGUGUGCGUCACAGUCCGUUGACGCCGAGGCAUCAAUACUUCCUGAAUUUAUGGUGGAUGUAGAAAUAUCAGUCAAUCGUAUCCGAUGAUAUUUUGAUCCUAGUGAGAGAGAGAGAGAGAGAGAAAGAGAGGACGCACUCUUUCGCUCACAAUGCAAACACGCGUAAAGCUCCAUUUGGUUUUGGUGGAUGACACAAACUACCAUUCUUAGACCCUCCUCUGUCUGAAUCUCAUUGAUUGGAAGCAGCUGAAGAAACAGCCGCCAUUUGAGAGAAAAGGAAGCAACUUUAACGAGCAGAAGAACGAGCAGAAGAAAACCCAUCAAAUUUAUCCAAUUUCCCAGUGUUGCCGGUCUAUUUGGUCCACGAAAUUGAUCAAGGAAACAAUGCAAUGUGGCGUGCAAGAGAUUCUUUGAGAUAGUGGAAUGGAAAACAAACUAGAAGAAGAUGAUGACCAUGAGCCAGGUCCAGUUCCUCCACUGAGAUUGGACAGAUUUGGCUUCUUAAAGCCAGAAAUUUCACCUGAAGGUUUAACCAAGAGCAGGUCAGCCUUUGAAUAUGAUAGAGAGGAAAGAAGAGUUAGAAAAUGGAGGAAGAUGAUUGGGGUGGGAGGGAGUGAUUGGAAACAUUAUAUUAGGAGAAAACCUCACGUUGUUAAAAGGAGAAUAAGGAAAGGAAUUCCUGAUUGUUUAAGAGGUCUCGUUUGGCAGUUGAUCUCUGGAAGUCGGGAUCUGUUGCUGAUGAACCCUGGGGUUUACGAGCAAUUAGUGAUUUAUGAGACGUCAGCUUCAGAGCUGGAUAUAAUUCGAGAUAUUUCGCGAACCUUCCCUUCACAUGUUUUCUUCCAGCAGAGACACGGCCCUGGUCAAAGGUCCCUCUACAAUGUUUUGAAGGCAUACUCUGUCUUUGACAGAGAAGUUGGAUAUGUUCAGGGAAUGGGAUUUCUGGCUGGUCUUUUACUUCUUUAUAUGAGUGAAGAGGAUGCAUUUUGGUUAUUAGUUGCGUUACUAAAAGGAGCAGUUCAUGCACCAAUGGAAGGUUUAUAUCAGGUAGGGCUACCACUGGUACAACAAUACCUUUUUCAGUUUGACCAGUUAGUAAAGGAGCACUUGCCAAAGCUGGGAGAGCAUUUUACUCAAGAAAUGAUAAAUCCAAGCAUGUAUGCAAGCCAGUGGUUCAUAACCGUUUUCUCCUACUCUUUCCCGUUCCAUUUGGCUCUUCGAAUUUGGGAUGUCUUUCUCUACGAGGGUGUUAGAAUCGUUUUCAAAGUUGGUUUAGCCUUAUUAAAGUAUUGCCACGACGACUUGAUAAAAUUACCCUUCGAGAAACUUAUUCAUGCUUUGCGUAACUUCCCUGACAAUGCAAUGAAUCCGGAUACUUUACUUCCAUUGGCUUACUCAAUCAAGGUAUCAAGGGGUUUGGAGGAAACGAGGCAGGAGUACGAGAAGAAGAAUGGAAAGGGAGGUCAGUUGCCAGAGAGUGAGAAGCGGUUGGAAUGAAGGUUGUGCUCAUCUCAUCGGAGCGCCAUAUAAAUUAACAUGUCAUUCAUCAUCUUUCCGGCAUUGCAGCUAUUGUCCAGAAGAAUGUAUCAUUGACAACUUGGCAUCGAUCGUUGUUUGAUAGUUGCGUCCUUGUUUAUGAACUCCCCUAUUCAUGUUACAAGCUCAAACGUUGUUAGAUGUGAAGAUUUGUUAACGUAUAUUAAGAUGAGAAAACCUAAAGGAAGUGUAUAAAUCUUGUAAUUCUUGCAUUAAUCUUGGCUGCAGCUAUUCCA